CCUCUUUCUCAGACGCACUCUCUCCAGAUCCCCUUUCCCCUCCCCUCUCGCGGAGGAGGCGAGGACCGGUCGGAUCGAUCCCACUAGAGCUCGAUUUUAGCCGCCAAAAAGUUUAGCGUGCUCCAGACAGGGGCUGGCCGUACGGCCCAAGCUUCGGUCGGCGGAGCGCUCGCGGCGGGCGGCGGGAUCUGAGACCCAAACCCUAGGUGGCGGCGGCGCCGCCGUGGGGGUGAAAUGGACGCGAGGUUCCCGUACUCGCCGGCUGAGGUGGCCAAGGUGCAGCUCGUGCAGUUCGGCAUCCUCAGCCCGGAUGAAAUCAGACAAAUGUCAGUGGUGGUGAUAGAGCAUGCAGAGACUAUGGAGAGGGGGAAGGCAAAGCCUGGGGGUUUGAGUGACCCUCGUUUGGGCACUAUUGACCGAAAGAUCAAGUGUGAUACAUGUAUGGCUGGGAUGGCUGAGUGCCCGGGUCACUUUGGCCACCUUGAGCUUGCAAAGCCAAUGUUCCACAUCGGCUUCAUCAAGACUGUACUCUCCAUAAUGCGCUGUGUGUGCUUCAACUGUUCCAAGAUCCUGGCGGAUGAGGACGAUACCAAGUUCAAGCAGGCUCUGAAAAUCAGGAACCCAAAAAAUAGAUUAAGAAGAAUAUAUGAUGCUUGCAAGAGCAAAAAGAUUUGUGCUGGGGGUGAUGAACUUGAGGUUCAAGAUCAGCAGGAUGCUGAUGAGCCAGUGAAGAAAAGAGGUGGUUGUGGUGCUCAGCAGCCAAAUAUCACAGUUGAUGGUAUGAAGAUGGUUGCUGAAUUUAAAGCAACAAAGAAGAAAAGUGAUGAUCAAGAUCAACUCCCUGAACCAGUGGAGCGAAAGCAAAUUCUCUCUGCCGAGAGGGUCCUUAAUGUUCUCAAGCGUAUAAGUGAUGAGGACUGUCUUUUGUUGGGCCUGAACCCUAAGUUUGCUCGUCCUGAUUGGAUGAUACUGCAAGUCCUUCCAAUUCCUCCACCGCCUGUCAGACCAUCUGUUAUGAUGGAUACUUCCUCCAGAAGUGAGGAUGAUUUGACUCAUCAAUUAGCGAUGAUAAUUCGACAUAAUGAGAAUUUGAGGAGGCAAGAGAGAAAUGGAGCCCCAGCUCACAUUAUAACUGAGUUUGCUCAGUUGUUGCAGUUUCACAUUGCAACGUACUUCGAUAAUGAUCUUCCUGGACAACCAAGGGCCACUCAGCGUUCUGGAAGGCCUAUUAAGUCAAUAUGCAGCAGGCUGAAAGCAAAAGAAGGCCGGAUUAGAGGAAACUUAAUGGGGAAGCGUGUUGAUUUCUCAGCUCGUACUGUCAUCACACCCGAUCCGAAUAUCAACAUUGAUCAAUUGGGGGUGCCAUGGAGUAUUGCUUUGAAUCUGACAUACCCAGAAACUGUCACUCCAUAUAACAUCGAGAGGUUGAAAGAGCUAGUAGAAUAUGGGCCUCACCCACCCCCAGGUAAGACAGGUGCAAAGUACAUCAUCAGGGAAGAUGGUCAGAGGCUGGAUCUUCGCUAUGUGAAGAAAAGUAGUGAUCAGCAUUUGGAGCUGGGUUACAAGGUGGAAAGACACCUCAAUGAUGGAGAUUUUGUUCUUUUCAACCGGCAACCAAGUCUUCAUAAAAUGUCUAUCAUGGGGCAUCGUAUUAAAAUUAUGCCGUACUCAACUUUCCGCCUGAACCUGUCUGUCACAUCACCAUACAAUGCAGAUUUUGAUGGGGAUGAAAUGAAUAUGCAUGUUCCUCAGUCAUUUGAGACAAGAGCUGAAGUUUUAGAGUUGAUGAUGGUGCCAAAAUGUAUUGUCUCGCCUCAAGCGAAUAGACCUGUUAUGGGUAUUGUCCAGGACACACUUCUUGGGUGUCGAAAAAUAACCAAAAGGGACACUCUUAUUGAAAAGGAUGUAUUUAUGAACAUACUAAUGUGGUGGGAAGAUUUUGAUGGGAAGGUCCCUGCACCUGCCAUUUUGAGACCAAGACCGAUUUGGACUGGCAAACAAGUUUUCAACUUGAUUAUUCCCAAGCUAAUCAAUUUAAUAAGAUUUUCAGCCUGGCAUGCUGAAACAGAAAGUGGAUUUAUUACUCCAGGAGAUACUAUGGUCCGGAUAGAGAAGGGAGAGCUUCUGUCUGGUACACUUUGCAAAAAAACACUUGGGACGUCAACUGGAAGUCUUAUUCAUGUUAUUUGGGAAGAGGUAGGGCCAGAUGCUGCACGGAAGUUCUUGGGUCAUACACAGUGGCUGGUCAACUACUGGCUUCUGCAAAACGGUUUCAGUAUUGGUAUUGGAGAUACAAUUGCAGAUGCUGCUACUAUGGAGAAGAUUAACGAGACAAUUGGAACAGCUAAGAAUGAGGUGAAGGAGCUUAUUAAGCAAGCACAAGAGAAGAACUUGGAACCUGAGCCAGGACGCACCAUGAUGGAAUCAUUCGAAAACCGAGUAAAUCAGGUUCUUAACAAGGCUCGUGAUGAUGCUGGGAGUAGUGCUCAGAAGAGUUUGUCUGAGAGCAACAAUUUGAAAGCUAUGGUCACUGCAGGCUCAAAAGGCAGUUUCAUUAAUAUUUCGCAAAUGACUGCUUGUGUCGGACAGCAGAAUGUUGAGGGCAAGCGGAUUCCAUUUGGUUUUGUUGAUCGUACAUUGCCCCACUUCACGAAAGAUGACUACGGCCCAGAAAGUCGUGGGUUUGUUGAGAACUCUUACCUUCGAGGUCUGACACCACAAGAAUUUUUCUUCCAUGCUAUGGGUGGUAGAGAAGGUUUGAUUGAUACUGCUGUGAAAACCUCCGAGACGGGAUAUAUUCAGCGGAGGCUCGUGAAGGCUAUGGAGGACAUUAUGGUGAAAUAUGAUGGUACUGUGCGAAAUUCGCUGGGUGAUGUUAUUCAAUUCUUGUAUGGAGAAGAUGGCAUGGAUGCUGUUUGGAUUGAAUCACAGAAAUUGGACUCCCUGAAGAUGAAAAAGGCUGAGUUUGAUAAUGUAUUUCGUUAUGAACUCGAUGAUGAGAACUGGAGGCCUACUUACAUGUUGCCGGACCAUGUUGAUGAUUUGAAGACCAUUCGUGAAUUCAGAAAUGUGUUUGAGGCAGAGGUUCAGAAAUUAGAAGCUGACAGAUUACAGCUUGGGACUGAAAUUACUACAACUGGCGACAAUACAUGGCCUAUGCCUGUCAACCUGAAGCGGCUUAUCUGGAAUGCUCAGAAGACUUUCAAGAUUGAUUUAAGAAGACCUUCUGACAUGCACCCGAUGGAAAUUGUGGAAGCAAUAGAUAAGCUGCAAGAAAGACUUAAGGUUGUCCCUGGUGACGAUGCCAUGAGCAUCGAGGCUCAGAAGAACGCUACUUUGUUCUUCAAUAUCCUGCUUCGCAGCACAUUUGCUAGCAAGAGGGUCUUGAAAGAAUACAGGCUUACAAAGGAAUCCUUCGAAUGGGUCAUUGGUGAGAUUGAAUCGAGAUUCCUCCAGUCUUUGGUAGCUCCUGGUGAAAUGAUUGGAUGUGUGGCUGCACAGUCCAUUGGAGAACCGGCAACUCAGAUGACACUGAAUACUUUCCAUUAUGCUGGUGUUAGUGCUAAGAAUGUUACCCUUGGAGUUCCCAGGUUAAGAGAGAUCAUUAAUGUCGCCAAGAAGAUAAAGACUCCAUCUCUGUCUGUUUUCCUAAAGCCUGAGGUAAGCAAGAAAAAAGAAUUGGCUAAGAAUGUGCAGUGUGCCUUGGAGUACACUACACUGCGUAGUGUGACCCAUGCCACUGAGAUAUGGUAUGAUCCUGAUCCUCUAGGAACCAUUAUUGAAGAGGAUGUGGAAUUUGUCAGGUCAUAUUAUGAAAUGCCUGAUGAGGAUAUUGACCCGGAUAAGAUCUCUCCUUGGCUGCUGCGUAUUGAGCUGAACCGUGAGAUGAUGGUUGAUAAGAAAUUGAGCAUGGCUGAUAUUGCAGAGAAGAUCAAUCAUGAAUUUGACGAUGACUUGUCAUGCAUAUUCAAUGAUGAUAAUGCAGAUAAGCUCAUCCUUCGUGUCCGCAUUACAAAUGACGAAGCUCCAAAAGGAGAAAUACAGGAUGAAUCUGCUGAGGAUGACGUCUUCCUCAAGAAGAUUGAGGGUAAUAUGUUGACUGAGAUGGCCCUUCGAGGCAUUCCAGAUAUUAACAAGGUCUUCAUCAAAUACGGGAAGGUCAAUAAAUUUGAUGAAAGUGAGGGUUUCAAACCAGAUAACGAGUGGAUGCUUGAUACAGAAGGUGUAAACCUCUUGGCCGUGAUGUGUCAUGAGGAUGUUGAUUCUACAAGGACAACAAGUAACCAUUUGAUUGAAGUGAUUGAGGUUCUUGGGAUUGAGGCUGUCCGCAGAUCUCUCUUGGAUGAGCUGAGGGUGGUUAUAUCUUUUGAUGGGUCUUAUGUGAACUACAGGCAUCUGGCCAUUCUCUGUGAUACGAUGACAUACAGAGGUCACCUGAUGGCUAUUACUAGGCAUGGUAUAAAUCGUAAUGACACAGGGCCCCUCAUGAGAUGUUCUUUUGAAGAAACAGUGGAUAUCUUGCUUGAUGCUGCUGUAUAUGCGGAAUCUGAUUACCUGAGAGGUGUGACUGAGAACAUUAUGCUUGGCCAGCUUGCUCCUAUUGGUACAGGAGGCUGUGGAUUGUAUCUGAAUGACCAGAUGCUGCAGCAGGCCAUUGAGCUUCAACUCCCAAGCUAUGUUGAAGGUCUGGACUAUGGCAUGACACCAGCGCGUUCACCCAUGUCCGCGACACCGUACCGUGAUGGAGGAAUGAUGUCACCAAUGUUGAGUCCAAAUUUCAGGGCUUCCCCAAUUACAGAUGCUCAGUUCUCACCAUAUGUUGGGGGCAUGGCAUUCUCACCCGUCCCGUCAAACUACAGCCCAUCCUCUGGAGGUGGUUACAGUCCAUCUUCUCCGGUGUUCAGCCCAGGGCCAGGACAUGGUUACAGUCCCACUUCUCCAUCAUACAGCCCUGCAUCGCCCAGCUACAGCCCCACCUCUCCAUCAUAUACGCCUGGCUCUCCUUCCUACAGCCCGACCAGUCCAUCAUACUCUCCGACCAGUCCAUCAUACUCGCCAACAUCCCCGAGCUACAGCCCCACAUCUCCUAGCUACAGCCCCACAUCUCCGAGCUACAGCCCAACAUCACCAAGCUAUAGCCCCACAUCUCCGAGCUAUAGUCCAACAUCACCGGUUUAUAGUCCGACCUCGCCAGCAUACAGCCCGACAUCUCCUGCAUACAGCCCGACGUCGCCAUCUUACAGCCCAACGUCGCCAUCAUACAGCCCCACUUCUCCCUCGUACAGCCCAACAUCGCCCUCAUACAGCCCGACAUCACCCUCAUACAGCCCCACGUCGCCCUCAUACAGCCCGACAUCCCCGUCAUACAGCCCUACCUCGCCCUCAUACAGCCCUACAUCGCCUGCAUACAGCCCUACAUCGCCUGGUUACAGCCCGACGUCACCGAGCUACAGCCCUACUUCACCGAACUACAGCCCCACUUCACCGAGCUACAAUCCUUCUUCGGCCAAGUACAGUCCUUCACAUGCUUAUUCUCCAAGCAGCCCAAGGAUGAUGAGCCCGUACAGUCAGACUUCUCCGAACUACAGCCCGACCUCACCGACCUACUCGCCCACCUCACCAUCAUAUGCACAACCAAGCCCGUCAUACAGCCCUACAAGCCCGCACACUACCUCUGGAGGACCUAGCCCAGAUUACAGCCCGACAUCUCCAAACUACAGCCCCAGCGCAAGCUACUCCCCGACUGCACCGGGCUACUCCCCGUCCUCCACCGGCCCGCAGACAACUGACAAGGACGAUGAGACUGUUGACUAGAAAAUGGCUGCUGUUGGUUGGCUUGAUGCAGAACGAUGCCCCACGACCAACUCUUGUUUCCUCGUGUGUCCGGAACAGGCCUGUUGUUGUAAGCUGUGAUGCUAAUAGCAGCACUAGAAUUUGCGGCCGUAGCUGGGCUGAUAUUUAAUUGCGUGUUUUCUAUCGGAUUGUUAUGCUAAUGUGAACAUUGGAGCUUUUGCCUUCUCA